GGCUAUCAUUCUCUGCGCCAGCUUGUGAAGCUCUCAAAACUGGUGGUGCCUCAGGAAAUCAAGGACGUCAUUGAACCCAUCAAGGACAAUGAUGCGGCCAUCAGGAACUAUGGCAUUGAACUGGCCAUCAAGAUGUGCCGAGAACUCUUAGAGAGCGGCCUGGUCCACGGUCUGCAUUUUUACACCCUGAAUCGCGAGGUGGCCACCAUGGAGAUCCUCCGACGGUUGGGCCUCUGGAAAGAAGACCCAAGGCGUCCCUUGCCAUGGGCAGUCAGCGCUCACCCCAAACGGCGAGUCGAAGACGUCCGGCCUAUUUUCUGGGCUUCCCGGCCGAAGAGCUACAUCUAUCGGACGCAGGAGUGGGACGAAUUCCCCAACGGACGAUGGGGCAACUCUUCGUCCCCUGCCUUCGGGGAGCUGAAAGACUACUAUCUUUUCUACUUGAAGAGCAAGUCUGCCCGAGAAGAACUGCUGAAGAUGUGGGGAGAAGAGCUGACCUGCGAGCAGAGCGUCUACGAAGUCUUCAGGUGUUACAUCGCCGGGGAGGCCAACCGCAAUGGACACAAGGUCACCUGUUUGCCAUGGAACGAUGACCCCCUGGCCGCUGAGACCAACCUCAUGAAAGACGAGCUGGUUAAAGUCAACCGGAGAGGCAUUCUGACCAUCAACUCCCAGCCUAACAUCAACGGAAAGCCUUCCACGGACCCCAUCGUGGGUUGGGGACCAGAAGGUGGCUACGUCUUCCAGAAGGCUUACCUGGAGUUUUUUACCUCCGCCGAGAACAUCAAAGCUCUUCUCACAGUUCUGAAAAAAUACGGAGAGCGUGUGAAUUACCACAUCGUCAACGUGAAGGGAGAGAACGUCACCAAUGCUCACGAGAUGCAGCCCAACGCUGUCACAUGGGGGAUCUUCCCCGGAAGAGAGAUCAUCCAGCCCACAGUGGUGGAUCCAGUUAGCUUCAUGUACUGGAAGGAUGAGGCCUUCACCUUGUGGAUAGAGCAGUGGGCCAAGCUCUACGAAGAAGAAUCCCCUUCUCGGAUGAUCAUCCAGUACAUUCACGACAACUAUUACCUGGUCAACUUAGUGGACAACGACUUCCCCUUGGAGAGUUGUCUCUGGCAGGUAUUGGAAGACACCUACGAACAAUUGAACAGUCCAGGAGAGGAAGCGAAAACCUCUGGAUUUUGAAAACGGGGACUUUACAACACUUUUUACCACCAUCGCAACGACCAGCAGCUGAGCAACCUAGUUGAAGUCUGGUGCUGCUGAUUUUUCUAGUUUUUUAAUCAGAUUUUCGAUGACAGGUGCUCUAAACCGGCAGUCCCCGGUUUGGCGGCCUGGUGGGUUGUGAUGUGUGUGUGUGUGUGUGAGUGGCAGGUGCAUGCACGCAUUCACAGCUCCAACAGAGCUUUGUGCACAAGUGGAGGGGGACAUCAGCGGAGGGCGCUUGGGCUCGCGCGGGAAGCUCCCCUCGCACAAAGGAAGGCCGCUUGCACGAGUGCGCAAAGCUCCAUUCGCACGGAGAUUGGCGUGCGAAUACAAGGGGGUCACACGAGUGCGCCUUCCACUCGUGUGAGCGGAGCUCUGUGUGCAAAGCAUGUUUGCCUGUCACGCGUGUAAGCGGAGCGUCACUCUUGCCCAUUUUCUCCUUGGGGACGCCUCCUCUAAACUUCCUAAAGACCAACCACGGCCAGCUCGGCUGAGACUUCUAACCUAUCCGUCUUUUUAGUUCUCCUACAAUCUACCCCUAUUUAUUUUGAUUUUUGUAAGAGGCAUCGAGAAUUACCUUCCUUGUUUUGUUUUUUGGAGGGGGGAAUGGCAGCCAGUCCCUUUG